ACCUGCAUCGGCAAGAGAAAUGAGGUGGUUGGAGCAACACAAUACCUACCGCACGAUGCUUCUCAAAGGUCAGGUGAAAGGGCAACCGAAACCAAUAAAGAUGAUGAAUCUGGUUACAACGCAAAGGUUGCUCUUCGUAAACUAAAUAAACGCAGGCAUGAGGAGAGGGACUACCAAACCAACAGCGCACUAAAGAUGUCUCCUCGAAUGGUGACGAACAGUUUGCAAAUCAAUCGCCAAACAUGGAAUAAAGAACUAGCUGAAGCUGCGAAAAACACAGGAGCAGAAGAGUGCGCUGGGAAAAUAUCUGUGGAUGGACUUAUCCUCUUUGCACACGACCCUAAUUUCGACUUUGUGAAGCAUUGGUUUCAACAGCAUACAACAUAUACUUACGGCAGAUUUCCAACCGAAAACUAUGCCGAUAACUUUAUGUACACGCAAAUAGUAUGGGCAGCCACGCGGCAAAUCGGCUGUCAUGAAUAUUUCUGCGAGUCCUAUCAGCUGGGAACGGGAAGUGCAACAACUAUGUACAUUUCAGUGUGCAUGUAUUCACCGAAGGGAAAUAUACAAACCUACUAUCCUUAUGCAACUCCGGAGACAGCGAAG